AUGAGCAUGGAAUCUUCGCUACCUGAUAUAUCGUUUCUCAAGUUCAAUAAUGAGCAGUCCUUGGCUACUGGUACCCAAUCUACUAAGAUAGAGUCAUCUCUCAAUGAGGCCAAAAUCUCCAGUAUCUACGAAAGAUUCCCGGAUCUUGAACUUGGGUCAGACGUCCUUUCGUCCAGGAACGUCUCUAAUUCGAUAAACAAAGUACAGGACCAAUUCGAUGCAUUGAAGAGGUUGGUUAAGAUAUUUCUAGAGGUUGGUAACUACUCCAUGGCUAGUAAGACUCUCCAUCAGUUUGCAAAUCAAACGCACUUCUUUUCUCAGCCCAACACGGUUGAGGACUUUGCCAAUAAUAGGUAUUUGGAGCUCUUGUUCUAUCAAUACGCUGUGUAUAUUCAACAGCUAUGGUUCGAUAGAGGUAAGCUUGGUAUGGAAUUGGAAAAGGCCCCUCCUAUUGGCCAAUACUCCGUGGAUCCCAAAGAGUCUUCUGGAUUGUCCAAACUAUUUGGCAGAAUAGAGCCUGAAACGAAGACUGACACAUCUGCUGGCAUCACUGUGACGUUAAACCAAAUAGCUUCAUCAUCAUCAGACACAACUUCAAAUGUUUCUACGUCGCCUACUGCACCGAUAUUGAUUAACCCAGAGACUAUAUACAAGAAAGCGGUGACGUACUUCACCAAAUGUAAUACUUUCAUCUUCAAUAAGAAGCAGUUCCAUUCUGCUGGCACUAAUACCUACUCUUCGACGGGCUCAGCCUCUGGAGCGCCAGAGUCCUCCGAGAUCCUGUAUUACUACUUAAUCAGCUUGCUACGGUUGACUGAGUUGUUUAGAAAGGGUGAAUACUUGAACUACUAUACCGAAUUUGUGAACCUACUCGAAACUAAUGCGGUAUGUGGCAUAUCGCCGGAAGAUGUCUUAUUAGACGUUCAAUGUAGGUACACACUCAAAAGAGAUCUUGUAAUUAUGCUAGGGAUUUCCCUGGUGCUAGCUUUACCGUUUAAGGACUUAUCCUUCUUGAACUCUAGAGAAUUAGAGAAGACGAGAAAUUUGAUAAUUGACUUAUUCACCUUAGAUGCCAACGAGACUGGCCAGAGUCUACCAAUACUUAUAUACCGUCUUCUUGUUGAACUCUCGGAAUCAAGCUUUCAUCUGGCAAAGGAGAUGAUCAAUGAUAAGACGUUUAGAGAUUCCAUAUGUGCCCAACUUGAUCACAUAUUGAGCAUGAAUAAGGCCAUAUCCAUCGAUUUUUUGGACUUCUUUACACAGACUAUAGACUUGAAAAUAUUUCUAAUGAUAAUAUCUCAUGUUAAGAGAAUUCCGAGGGUCAAGUUACUAUUUAUUCUUGGCUACAAGGAAGAACACAGCAAUGCAAUUACGGAGACUUUACUAUCAUUCAUGUCUUGCUUGAAUUUGGGUGAGUCUGGGAUUGGGUAUGAUGUAAUGGGCGACUUCUUUUUCAACAAUGGCCAGGCGAAUAGAAUGGGGGCGUUGAAGAGACAGAUCGACCAGUUAUCAGCAGACAUAAAAGGCGAUAGUCUUGCUGAAUUGGUACAUGGAGUUUUGAUGGAAAGAUAUUUAUCUACAUAG